UCGGGCCUUUUCCGCCGGUGCAGUGCCGGCCUUAUCUCCGCUCUGUAGGUCGUUCCCGGCGCCAGGCCCGGGUCCCUGCGCACCGCUCGUCGGCACCCAGCGGCUAGCUCCUCCUCCCGAAUCUCCCCGAGGCUCGGAGCGACUCUGCCGUGCGUCUUCGCGGGCCGCCCGGGCUGAGGCCUGCAGCGCGCGGCGAGUCGGCGCCGACCUGACCCUGCGUCUCCCCGCAGCUCCGUUGAGGCCGCCGCCGUCGCCUCGGGAUGCCGGGGCCGGGGUCCGCGCAGCGCUGGGCGGCCGCCGCGGGCCGUUGGGGCUGCAGGCUGCUCGCGCUGCUGCUGCUGGUGCCGGGGCCCGGCGGCGCCUCCGAGAUCACCUUCGAGCUGCCGGACAAUGCCAAGCAGUGCUUCUACGAGGACAUCACGCAGGGCACCAAGUGCACCCUCGAGUUCCAGGUGAUUACUGGCGGUCACUAUGAUGUAGACUGUCGACUAGAAGAUCCUGAUGGUAACGUGUUAUACAAAGAGAUGAAGAAACAGUAUGAUAGCUUUACCUUCACAGCCUCCAAAAAUGGGACAUACAAAUUUUGUUUCAGCAAUGAAUUUUCUACUUUCACACACAAAACCGUCUAUUUUGAUUUUCAAGUUGGAGAAGACCCACCUUUGUUUCCUAGCGAGAACCGAGUCAGUGCUCUUACUCAGAUGGAAUCUGCCUGUGUCUCCAUUCACGAAGCUCUAAAGUCUGUCAUCGACUAUCAGACUCACUUCCGUUUGAGAGAAGCUCAAGGCCGAAGCCGAGCAGAAGACCUAAAUACCAGAGUGGCCUACUGGUCUGUAGGAGAAGCCCUCAUUCUCCUGGUGGUCAGCAUAGGGCAGGUGUUUCUCCUGAAAAGCUUUUUCUCAGAUAAAAGAACCACCACAACUCGAGUCGGAUCCUAACUACGGUUUGAGAGUUGACACACCAUUGCCACCAUAAUAUUGCUGUCCUCUAAUUAAUUGUAGGUACCGAAGAACUUAAUAUUGGCAACAUUUUUAAACCUUCCUCAUACACUUGUUGGGGGGUGAUGUACCGUGCAUAUCCCCAAACUGUGGAAAGGACACCUUUUUUUAUUUGUAAAGGUAGAAAAACUUUGGAACUUAUUUUGGGCUCCCCACGUUAAAUAGUCAGCACCAGUGAUCUUUUCUUGGUUGUUUCUAUCUACUCUUCGCACACUAAACUUUGGUAUUUUGAUUCCUUUUAGCCAUUUAAAAGUACUUUUCUUAUAGGUAGUGGAUAUUUUAAAAACCUUCAGUUUAAUGUCUUGUGUGUUGUGGAGGAAGAAAAUUACCUUUUAAUUGUUUAUAGUAAAGUUUUGUUUUUCAGAAAACCAAACGUGAUUAACUGUAGCCCAGGCCCUAUUCUGCACUGUUUAAUUUGGGGGUGGGGGGAGCCACCGUGGAAAUGUUAGUUAAUAUUGAUAUAAUUUUAAAUUGAUGCAUCAUGGUAUAAUUUAUUUCUUGCUAGUUUGGGAAAUGUCAGAUUUUUGGUUUUUGUGUUUAUUCUAUGACUUAUAAGCAGAUAUGUUCUUUUUUUCAUGAAGACAUUCUUACCACAGGGAAAAUAGUAUGUUUCAAUAGUGUAACAGUUUAUACAGGCCUUAAAAAUUAGACUGUUAAACAGGUAGAGUAAUUACAGAAAAAUAUGAUUCUAUAAUGGGAGGCAAAUGAAAUGAGAAAAGUUUUAGUGAGUUACCGGCACAUAAUUACAUUUUCAGUGCUUUUACAGAGACAAAAGGUGGUCUGUUUCAUUUUAACAUUUUGAUUGGCUGGUUCGGGCCCUAAUGUGGUUUCAAUGUCUGAGUCAUUCCUGGCUUAAAUUAACAGUUGUAAUAUUUGUAUAGUAAAAGUGCCAUAUAUUUUAUCCUGAUGGGUGUGAUGCAGUGAGAAGUCAGUUUCUUUGGGUUUUUUUUCCUCUCUUUCUUGGUUUGGUUUGGUUUGGUUUUUGGUUUUUGUCUUGCACAUGUAAUUUGUACAAUCUCUGGUUAGCCACCCCAAGAUGAUUUAAAACUUUAGAAUGCUGUGUGUUUCUUAUUUGAUAAUCUUCAUCAAUUGUACUGCAUUUAAUGAAUAUUAAACAGUGCAUAUUCUGUACACUAUAGGGUUUAGACUGUGUUUGUAUUUUAUAAUUUGUGUAGACUGAGCUGAUCGAAAUAAGAUUUGUUCAGGUGUUCCAGAAGAGAAUACGAGACAAAUGCGAAACUAUAGGUGUUUAAAGCUUUUCUGCUGUUAAAAAAAAAAAAAAAUG